GGCGGCCACAGCUUCGCGGACCCCGGCUCUCGGCUCCCGGCGCCAUGUGAGGGGGCUCGGGGGCCGCGGGGAGCCAGCGCUCCCCGGGGGAGAUGAGGAAACUGAGGCUCAGAGAGGUCACAUGGCUUGCCCAAGGCCCCUCAGCCAGUAAGUGGAGGAACCCGGAUUUGCAGUUGAGCCUGAGAUGCUGUACUGACCAUGGCCUUCUCAGAGCAGGACUGUGACGGGGGCUGACCAGGGGGACAGUGGUCCUGGCUGAGGGCACUGCUCAGGCAAAGGGUGGAGCUGUGAUUAUGGCCAUUGGAUAGAUGAGUCUGAACCCUUAACCGUCAAGAUCUUAGGUGUGACCCCACACCUCUACCUGGGCCACCUGCAGGACACUGGCCCCUGCCCCUCAGCAGACGCCGGAGAGAGAUGAAGAGCAACAAACUCCUGAUGCGUGGGAGACCCUGGUGCAAGCCUUGCUGUAGCCACUGACCUGUGUGGUCUGGGCAAGUUCCUGCCUCUCUCUGGGCCCAGGUCCACUUCUGUCCUCCUAGGCCUGACUGGUCCAUCUGUGGUCAAGCAUUAGCUGAGAAGGUUUAAAUGAAUGAUGAACAUUUAUGGAGACUGACUGACUGGGGAAGACCUGGACCCUUUCGUCUGAAAGUCCCAUCUGUCUCCAAGCAUCCUUCCCGCCGUAGCUGGAGGGAUCCUUGCGACCCCCACAUCCAGUCUGAUCCAGCCAACCUUCUGGGCUCCACACUGGGAGCUGAGAUAUGGAGCAGCGGUCAGCAGUGUUCGUGAUCCUCUUUGCCCUCAUCACCAUCCUCAUCCUCUACAGCUCCAACAGUGCCAAUGAGGUCUUUCAUUAUGGCUCCCUGCAGGGCCGGACGCGCCGGCCUGUCAACCUCAGGAAGUGGAGCCUCACUGACGGAUACAUCCCCAUUCUUGGCAACAAGACGCUGCCCUCCAGGUGUGGCCAGUGUGUGAUUGUCACCAGCUCCAGCCACCUGCUGGGCACCAAGCUGGGUCCUGAGAUCGAGCGGGCCGAGUGCACAAUCCGCAUGAACGACGCACCCACUACAGGCUAUUCGGCUGAUGUGGGCAACAAGACCACCUUCCGCGUGGUGGCCCAUUCCAGCGUAUUCCAUGUGCUGCGGAAGCCUCAGGAGUUUGUCAACCGGACCCCUGAAACUGUGUUCAUCUUCUGGGGCCCCCCAAACAAGAUGCAGAAGCCCCAGGGCAGCCUGGUGCGCAUCAUCCAGCGGGCAGGCCUGCUGUUCCCCAACAUGGAGGCCUACGCCAUCUCCCUCAGCCGCAUGCGCCAGUUUGACGACCUCUUCCGGAGUGAGACAGGCAGGGACAGGGAAAAGUCCCACUCGUGGUUGAGCACAGGCUGGUUCACCAUGGUGAUUGCGGUGGAGUUGUGUGACCACGUGCACGUCUAUGGCAUGGUGCCCCCCGACUACUGCAGCCUGCGGCCCCACCUGCAGCGUAUGCCCUACCACUACUAUGAGCCCAAGGGGCCAGACGAGUGUGUCACCUACAUACAGAACGAGAACAGCCGCAAAGGCAACCACCACCGCUUCAUCACGGAGAAGAGGGUCUUCUCGUCCUGGGCCCAGGUGUACGGAAUCACCUUCUCCCACCCCUCCUGGACCUAGGCCACCCCGCCUGUGGGGCUCUCACGAGGGACACAGGAGAAGUGGGUCUCUGCCCAGCUGCUUGACCCAGGGCCAUCUCCUGGCCAAUCGAGGCUGGUCAGAGUGUCUUCUGGCUGGUCAGGCCUUGAAGAGGGUGCAUCUUCCAGCCAUCCAGGGCCUGGAGGA